AUCGGCUUCGGACAAGUCGGAGGGGAGGGAGACGCAGAGGCGGACAAGAUGGCGGCGGCAGCUGCUCAGGGCGGGAGAAGCGGUGGUAGCGGAGGCAGUAGUGGGGCUGGCGGUGGUUCCAGCUGCGGGACAGGCAUUGGCCGUAGUGGCUUGUUGGAUAAGUGGAAGAUAGAUGAUAAGCCUGUAAAAAUUGACAAGUGGGAUGGAUCAGCUGUGAAAAACUCUUUGGAUGACUCUGCCAAAAAGGUACUUCUGGAAAAAUACAAAUAUGUCGAGAAUUUUGGUCUAAUUGAUGGUCGCCUCACCAUCUGUACAAUCUCCUGUUUCUUUGCCAUAGUGGCUUUGAUUUGGGAUUAUAUGCACCCCUUUCCAGAGUCCAAACCCGUUUUGGCUUUGUGCGUCAUAUCCUAUUUUGUGAUGAUGGGGAUUCUGACCAUUUAUACCUCAUAUAAAGAGAAGAGCAUCUUUCUCGUGGCCCACAGGAAAGAUCCUACAGGAAUGGAUCCUGAUGAUAUUUGGCAGCUGUCCUCCAGUCUUAAAAGGUUUGAUGACAAAUACACCUUGAAGCUGACCUUCAUCAGUGGGAGAACAAAGCAGCAGCGGGAAGCUGAGUUCACCAAGUCCAUUGCUAAGUUUUUUGACCACAGUGGGACACUGGUCAUGGAUGCAUAUGAGCCUGAAAUAUCCAGGCUCCAUGACAGUCUUGCCACAGAAAGGAAAAUAAAAUAGCCAAUUCUAAAAGUAGCUCUCUUUCUGCUGGAUCUUGCUGAAUUACUGGUUUGGGGGGUGGGGGAGAUAAAAAGAACUUAAAAUGGGUAAAGUAAGAAAUGUUAAAAAGUCCCUGUUUUGUCCUGAAAUUUUAGUCUAUUCUGGAUAAAUAAGAUUUUCUGACACAGAUAGGAGAAGUUGUAGUUCUGAUGUCUAGCUGUAGUCUCCUUGGUCUGCUAUUGCAUUAUUUUAAUUUGCUUUUUUGGGAAAGCAGUUUUGCUAAAAGCUGUACAGACUUUCCUUUGUGCCUAGCAGUACUUUAUAUAGAAUAGCUUUGGGCUAUGUAGCAUAUUAAGACUCAAUUUUUAAAAAUUAUUAAUCUGUUGCUGACUCCGUUAAUUCCUAUUUCAACAUGUGUUUCCUUGAAGAAUUCAGGAUACAACUUCUUGCGUAUGACAGCUUUCCUUCACACACUAUUUUUGUGGGUGUGUAUAUAUCUGAUUUGGGAGAAUUUAAAAAACACAUAGCUUUUUAAUUUGUUUGAAACAGCUCUUCUGUCUGUUACAUUUUGUGCUCUUAACCAAUUAAAGAAGCCAAUGGCAUUUUAGUUUUA